GCCCACUCCGUGUUUCCCCAAGUUUCACUUUUAUCAACAACAACAAUCUGCGCUGAGGACGAGCUUUUAAACGCAAGAGUUAGAGAAUUGUUCAAAAACGUUCAGUGUUUAAAACAAUAUAAACAAUGUUUAUGACUGAGCACAGACACGACAGCUUCGGUGCGAGUUAGACGCUGAACUUUGGACCCAUAUCGCUUUUUAAAUAAUUCCGGAAGACAGCUUGCAGAUAUGCUGCAAUCGAAACCUAAACUUGGAAACCAAAAGGUGAAGGGUGCGGUUUAAAGUCCUGAAGUUGCCAUGACAAGUAAAUCUUGACUAUAGCCUACACUUCAAACCCCAUCAUGGCUCUCUCAGCCGUCCCAGAAUGGAGGGAUAAGAUGGCAGGAGAGCAGCAAGUGGAGGACGAGUUUACCUGCCCAGGUGUUUUGCAGGGCUCUCUGCUGUCCCUGAAACCCACGGUGGAGCGAGUGUUUGGUGUGACUUUGAGAAUUGGUGGGGAAGACACCUCAUAUGCCUCUCAGGAUGGACAAAUUUGGCUCCAACUGAAGGGAAGGAAACAAGAAGUGGAGGCAGCAAAGCUUUUUAUAAAAGGUAUUGUGAACCAAGAGGCUCAGAAGGAAGUUCAAUAUCCACAUGUCCUUCAGUGUGUGUUCUGUGGUGCCAAGGGGUUAUUUAUUGACUGCCUGGUUAGAAAUACCUCAGCACAUAUAGUGGUGGGCUCAGUAGGUUGUCUCCUCAUCUCUGGGCUGGCCGAACCUGUUGUGAAGGCCUACUCCCUUGUCAUAGACCUGAUAGACAAGUACAGUUCUAGCCAAGCACAACCUUCUCAGGCAAGAAGUGAGUCCAUGGAUUCUCGUCGGACCUUCAAAUCCCUAGUGGAGAGACUGGAGGACAGUCACACCCUAGAACUGCUGGUCCUGCCAGUGAUGGUGAAAGAAGUUCUUCUGGACUUAAUUAAGCAGUCAGGACUAGAUCCAAACACUUUGGACAGUGGUGUAGUUUCAGCCGGAGCCACAAAACCUCUAAAAAUUCAGGAGAGAAUGGAUAGACUGAUGCUAAAAGAAUCUAAGGAGAACCAGAACCAUGAGAUUUUAAACAGCGCCACCAUUUCUCCCAGAGCAAACGGGACACCUUUUUUUAACUUUUCAGAUUAUAGAAUCAAUGAUACAGGAAAGCAAAAUAAUCAAGCAGAGUCUCCAAGUCACUUAUUCCACUGUUUGGCAGCAGGCACAGAAUCAAGACCUGGUGCUGCAAGUGCAGAUGUAAAGAAACAAGACAGACAAGUGCACACGUGGUCUGAAGGUGUACCCCAUGAUAUAGAGGAGGAAGAAGAGUUAAAUCAGGAGGAUCAACAUGAAGAAAGCUUGUUGUCCACAGCAAGUAAACAAGAAAAUGAGCAUCUACUUAAAUUCUUCACUGCAAUGGGCUUCAACGAUGAGGUGGUAUGUAGAGUUUUGGCCCGUACUGGACCCAGAGAACCCUCUCAGGUUCUUGACCUGAUCCAGCAAGAGCAAGAUAAAACAAUGAUCCAGAUGUUAAAUCAGGAGGUAAAUGGGGCUCCAGGGGCCAAAGACGAGGAUUUUGUCCUUGAUGUGAUGAAGAAAGCAGCAGCCAGCUGUGGGUACACAGAGGAGAAGGUGGCUGAGAUUUACAGCAACCUCCCUGAAUUGAAACCGCAUGAGCUGAUCCUGGAACUGCAGAGGAAGGGCAUGAGGGAAUCCAGUGGCAGGAAAGACAGCAAGAGAAAGAAAGCAGAGGAAAUAGAGGAGCAGAGGAAAAAUGCACCCAUUCUUCAAAGAUCCAAAGAAAGUCCUUUAAAGGAAGAGAAGAAAACUGAGAGAAAUAAUGGGAAGAGUGGAAUGACAAAUAUAGAAAAGACUGAGAAUGAUAGAGGAGGAAGUUUAGAAGCAGUGACUAAAAAGAAGCAAGAUGUGCAAGCAUAUGGGAGAGGAAAGUCAAGUGUAGGACUGAGGAUGCCAGAACUCUUAACUGAGCUUGACAAGAUGGACUUGGCAAGCACUAAACCAGAUAUUUUUUCAUCUUCAUUCCAUACCAUUCCGCCUUCUGUAUGUGGGCCUCCUCAGCCAACUUACCCAUCUCCACUGCAAUCCAACAUCUCAGAAGAAAAAAGUGGCCCAGCAGAGCCCACUUUUCUCAAGCCUAAGCACAAACCUCUACCAAGCAAAGCAGGUGCAGUCAUCACCGGACAACAGCGCUUCUUGGAAGGCUUAGAGACACCUUUUGUCCUCCAGCUGACGGAUGACCAUGGUGACCCAGGGCUGCGGCAGAUCAUCAUUGAUGGGAGCAACGUUGCCAUGACGCAUGGUUUGGGAAUAUUUUUCUCCUGUCGAGGCAUUGCUUUGGCUGUGGAGUACUUCUGGAACCAAGGCCAUCGCAAAAUCACAGCACUCGUUCCCCAGUGGAGACAGAAGAAAGACCCAAAGAUAAAAGAGCAGCACUUUCUGGCACAACUGCAGGAUCUUGGUCUCCUCUCGUUUACCCCAUCUAGAGAGUUUAAAGGACAGAGGAUAAAUUCCUAUGAUGACAGAUUUAUGCUGCAGCUUGCAAGGCAGACAGAUGGAGUGAUUGUAACGAAUGACAACAUGAGAGACCUUGUGGACGAGUCAGUUGGGUGGAAAGAAAUCAUCAAGACAAGGUUGCUCCAGUACGUGUUUGCAGGGGACCUCUUUAUGGUGCCGGAUGAUCCUCUAGGCCGAAGUGGACCCCACAUUAAUGACUUCUUACGGACACAGAAGAGUCCCCCUGUUCCUGGCAGUCACACAUUUGCUGGUAUGGCCUCAAAUGUCCCCCAACCCUCAUCUCAACCCAGAGCUCAGACGGAAGUGCUGAAGUACCGUGAGCGGACACCUGGGGGCGUCGGCAGAGCUCACGGGUCAGUAAGGGGUCAUUCCCAGGGUGGAAAUGAGAUGGAGAGGUCAGCAGAGGAGACGCUCAGGCUGAAACAGGAUUUGGUGCAGAUUUUUCCAGGGCAGGAGAGUGUGGUUACAAUGACCCUACAGUGCUACCCAACUCUCACAGAUAUCAACCAAUUGUCUUAUUUCAUUCUGGAACAAGUGAAUACAGAGGAGUAGAAAAGCAUGAAUGUGAGUUUGAAAUGAGAGAGACGGGCUCAAUAAUAUAACCAUCAAUAAUAUAACCAUCAGGCUAUGGGUGAAUCAGGGCUUGUAUUCACAAAGUAUUUGAAAAUAACAGUCUUGAGAAAACAAGAAACUGAUCUUGACAUUAAAACAUGAAAAAUAAGUCCUUAACAUUUAGCUGUGAACUGUUAGUUAUUUGCAGUGCUAACAAAUAGAGUAUGCAGUGGCUAGGAUCUUGAUGUCUACUUCAUGGCAAUAAAAAAAAGUUUAGAAAAUACAGUGUGUAUGUUUUAGACCAGCGCUGUGUCAACCUGUGUUUUUUCUAGCUCUAUUUUGUCUUUUGCAUUCCUAUUUAAAGCGUGUUCCACUGAUCAACAUAAUGAUUAAUUAAUAUUUUAUCAGACAUAUUACAUGCAGUAAAGUACUAUUUCUUUUGAUUGUGCAUAUCGUGGUCAUUUUAACUGAACUCAAGGAGCAAUUACACCAACCAAUAUGGCGUCAGUGGCAAUAUUCUUUCAAAUGUCUGUUUUCAUAAUGAAUUUUCAUAAGUCCAGCAAUAAAGUUGUUUUGGAA